CAGCCAGGAAGUGGCCUAUGCGCGCACUCAUUCUGGCCGGGCAGCUAAACAAAGUAGGACUUGCAGCACUUAUUCUGCCGAAGCUGUAUGAUUUCAGGACAACGGACAGUUUCUUAAUUUAUGUGUUCUUUGAAUCGUUAACAAGGGUGGUUUAACAUUUCCGGAAAUGGGCCCAGGAUAAAGCAACGAAUAUUCCAGAAACGCCGCAGAGUACGGGGUUUCGACCGAGGCCAGGAGCGGAGCGGCCCACGGCCGUGAAGGAGCUUAGCAGCCGGGAGUAGCAGAAGGGGUCGCCGGCCAUUGUGUGUCGGGAACGCACUUCGCACCAUAUUAAAACCCCGUCCCCAUCCCUAGGUAGCCUUCCUGAUUCUGUUCUGGGAGAGUUCAGACAGCAUCAUCGCCAAGAUAGCCGGGCCAGGCAGGAAGAGACACACCUCAGAUUCAGACCCCAGCAGCGGUAGUGAUUCCAGCGACGGGCGGCCAGUUAGUGCCAAGUGCCUGAAGAUGGCCAGCAGUGGUGGUAGCAGUUUGGCUGGUAAUGAACCAGUGGGCCGUCGUGGUGGGGCUCAGCACAGAAGAGGCAGCGGUAGGGACAACAGCUCAGACUUGUCUACCAGUACCAGUAAAAAGAAGCAAAAGGACAGAGCCAACCAGGAAAGCAGAGAGGCAAAGCGGGCUGCAGCAGCGGCUGCAGCAGCCGACGGUGUCAUCGCAGAAGUCAAGAAAGAUGUAUUUGUGGACUGGAAGCAAAAUGUCAAUGAAGUUACUGUCAGACUGCGCUGUGGGGAGGAGGUGCAGAAGAUAGAGGACAUCAACACAACCUUCACUGAUACAGACUGCUGUGUGUGCUUACCAGAUGGACGGGAGUGGAGCUGCCAACUGCAGGAGGAAAUUGAGGCCUCGUGUAGCAAGGUCCAGCACAAAGGAAAUUUCUUGCAUAUCAUCAUGCACAAAAAGAUUCCCUUUCACAUCUGGCCCUCACUGAAGUCAAACAAAAAGGAGAAGGGCAAGGGGACAGUACCUGCCGACGAGACCAAAAACACCAAGAAACAGGAGGUUAAACCUGUCACCUUGGAAUCAUCAGAGGAACCCAAACUGUUGCCACAAGCGCAGCCUCAGUCUCCUUCGUCACCUGCACAAAGACGCAACAGUGGCAGAACUGAGCGGGGUGUCAAACGUGGGUUUAAAAACAAAGCGGCAAGCGACAAGGCCACUUUAGACUCUGAAGGAACGAAAGCUGAAACUGUGGAAGGCCCAUCCACCAGCAGCAAGCCUGUUACUGUCAUGACAGGCGGGCAGCAGCCUCAGGAACCCAGUGCCAAGCGCACCACCGUACGGCUGCCUAAGACCACCAAGGGUGCUAUAUCGCCAGCGGACAGGGAGACACAUUCUGUUAAGUCCACUGGCGAUGCUCCACCAGCACAACCACCUACUGCACAGACAAAACGCAAGGAUGCAGACAAGAGAGCCGAGAAACUAGGCCGCGGUCAGGAACAGAAACCUGGGGUUGCUGUUGCAGCUUCUAGCCACACCAACAAAGCUCAGGUGGCAGGGACGUUAAACCAGUCUUCAGACAAGUCUGAAACAAUAGCACACGGUAGUGAAAGCCAAUCGGCGACCCCCAUCAGCACCAGCGAUUGCCUUGAACCUGUCAUCUUGAACAACAAAGUGCAAUCUGCAUCUCCCGAAAUGCUGGGAGACAAAGCGGACUCUGAAAUAGAGGAAAGGACUGUUGAGCAGAAAGCAGAGCAGGUUACUUUGCUCUGCCAACAGCAUGGGUCAGGAGACGCAGUACCACUACCACCUGUUGGCAAGGCUGUCAGUCAUGGUUUGCCACAGAGUCCAGAACAGAAGCAGAGCAGUUGUUAUGGAGAGGAGAAGCGGGACCAGUCAAAGGAGGAACCUCUGGAUAUUAAGCAACAAGAGGCCCCAGAGCCAAUGGUUAAUCUACAGUUGGUAAAGAACGACUCGUAUGAAAAGGGCACAGACCUGAUGGUGGUCAAUGUUUACAUGAAGGAGAUCUGCAGGGACACAGCCAGGGUCAUCUUCAGGGAACAAGACUUCACCCUCAUCUUUCAGACAAGUGAUGCUAACUUUCUGCGGCUUCAUUCAGACUGUGGAUCAAACACAGUCUUUAAGUGGCAAGUGAAACUCAGGAAUUUGAUCCAGCCUGAGCAGUGCAGCUACUCCUUCACUCCAUCCCGUGUGGACAUAACCCUGAAGAAGAGGCACAGCCAACGCUGGGGGGGUCUGGAGGCCCCCGCUACACAAGGUGCAGUGGGUGGCGCCAAAGUUGCUGUGCCCUCCAGCCCUGCCUGCAUGGAAAAGAGCCAACCAGGCAGCAGCCAACACAACCUUCCAGCUAAGGAGGAGCCCCCGAGAGUUGGGGAUGAGAAACCGAAAGCUCCCAAGGCCUCCUCCAGAGCGGAGGAUAGCGUUCUGGAUACCGUGGCUCCUCGCACUGUAUCUGAGCAUGUAGCCAUCACCAAGCCAGAACCCACUGUUACCACCCCUAAGCCUACAUGCAUGGUGCAGCCCAUGACCCAUGCACCCCCUGCCAGCAGUGAGCGCCAUGAAGAGGAGGAGGAGAAGAAGGUUUGCCUGCCUGGUUUUACAGGAUUGGUCAAUCUUGGCAACACCUGCUUCAUGAACAGUGUUAUCCAGUCCCUGUCCAACACCAGAGAACUCAGGGAUUACUUCCAUGAUCGAGCAUUUGAGGCAGAAAUCAACUGCAACAAUCCUCUAGGAACAGGAGGCAGGCUGGCCAUUGGAUUUGCCGUGCUGCUCAGGGCCCUUUGGAAAGGAACACAUCAUGCCUUCCAACCCUCAAAACUCAAGGCCAUUGUGGCCAGUAAAGCCAGUCAGUUUACAGGUUACGCCCAGCAUGAUGCCCAGGAGUUCAUGGCUUUCUUGCUGGACGGGCUCCAUGAAGACUUGAAUCGCAUCCAGAAUAAACCUUACACAGAGACAGUUGACUCUGAUGGGCGGCUGGAUGAGGUGGUGGCGGAGGAGGCGUGGCAGAGGCAUAAGAUGAGAAAUGAUUCCUUUAUAGUAGACCUUUUCCAAGGCCAGUUCAAAUCUAAGCUUGUUUGCCCUACAUGCUCCAAGGUCUCUAUCACCUUUGACCCUUUCCUGUACUUGCCAGUUCCCUUGCCUCAAAAACAAAAGGUGCUAUCAGUUUUUUACUUUGCUAAGGAACCACAUAAAAAACCCAUCAAGUUUUUGGUGAGCGUGAGCAAGGAGAGCUCCAGCACUGCUGAAGUGCUUGAAUCUAUUUCGAGAAGUGUGAGGGUUAAACCAGAAAACCUCAGACUGGCUGAGGUGGGAAAAAACCGCUUCCAGCGCAUGUUUCUGCCAUCGCAUUCCCUGGACACUGUGUCCUCCACAGACUAUUUGUUCUGCUUUGAGGUGCUCUCCAAAGACCUGGUCAAAGAGAAAGUGGUGUUGAUCAGAGUGCAACAGAAACUCCAGGUACCUAAUAUCCCAAUUUCUAAGUGUGCUGCUUGCCUGAAACCUCCAGGAACUGAAGAAGAAAAGCUCAAGCGAUGCACACGUUGCUAUCGCGUUGGCUACUGUAACCAACUAUGUCAGAGGACCCACUGGCCCAAUCACAAGGGUCUGUGUCGACCAAAUGCAGAGAACGUGGGCCUCCCCUUCUUAAUCAGUGUGCCGGAGUCUCGACUCUCAUACGCCCGACUCACCCAGUUACUGGAGGGUUAUUCUAGGUUUUCCGUCAAUGUGUUCCAGCCUCCUUUCCAAUCAGGCAGGACAUCCCCUGAAACAUCCCAAAGCCGGGUAGAACUCCCCUCUGUGCCAGGAGGCUCUUCUGAGGGUCAUGGAUCUGGUGAUGAGGCUACAGGCAGCAGCAGUACUGUGGGUGAAGCAGGUGAUCUGGAUUUGGACAGGCAAGCUCUGCUGCCUGAGUCACAGGCACAGUCUGCUCAGGCUUCAGUGCUCCACUCUGUGGAGUCAGAUUCCCUCUCAUCUUCCCAUGCAUCACUCUCGACCACGCAAACUGCAGACUCAGGAUUUUCUGAGUCAGUCUCUGCAACUUCGUGCUGCUCUCUUGACCCUCAUGCUGAAAAAGAGACGUCCUGUGAGAAGGCAGUUCGACCAGAAGCGGCAAUAACAGGGUAUCAGCAUCCAACGGAAUCUGCCUCAGGUCACGCUAGUCAGUUCUACAUAGCUCUGGUCGACUCUAGUGGCAAGGAACAGAGGUUGGAUGAGAGAGAAGAUGCCCUUGCAGACCUUCCAGAGGAUGUGACCCUAGAGCUAGUGUGGAAAAACAACGAACGUCUGAAGGAGUAUGUCCUGGUGAGCUCCAAGGAAUUGGAAUAUGACGAGGACCCCAGCUCUCUAAGCGAAACAUCUAGAGCAGGUCACUUUACUCUGGAGCAGUGCCUUAACCUCUUCACCAAGCCAGAGGUCCUGGCACCAGAGGAGGCAUGGUACUGUCCAAAGUGCCAGCAGCACCGUGAGGCCUCCAAGCAACUCCUUCUGUGGCGUCUGCCCAACGUUCUGAUCAUCCAGCUCAAAAGGUUUUCAUUCAGGAGCUUUAUCUGGAGGGAUAAAAUCAAUGACAUGGUUGACUUCCCUGUCAGGAAUCUGGAUCUGAGUAAGUUCUGCAUUGGCCAGAAGGAUGAAAUGCAACAACCCCCUAUCUAUGACUUGUAUGCAGUCAUCAACCACUAUGGAGGAAUGAUAGGAGGCCACUAUACAGCAUACGCGCGUCUGCCAAGUGACAAGAACAGCCAGCGCAGUGAUGUUGGCUGGCGCCUGUUCGAUGACAGCACGGUGACAAUGGUGGAGGAGAGUCAGGUGGUGACCCGUUAUGCAUACGUGCUCUUCUACAGACGACGAAACUCCCCCGUGGAGAGGCCACCACGCUUCCUCAGGCCCGGAGGACCCGAAUCAACCACGGGUGCAGGAGCUACUGCCAGCCAGGCCUCUCUAAUAUGGCGGGAACUAGAGGAGGAAGAGGAGGGGCUCGCCGAGGGCCCACGUGGACUCUUCAGUUCUGCCCUGCGGAGGCAGCAAGCAAGAAGGAACAGAGAGGAAGACGAGGACAGACCUGAUGGGUCGGUGCGCCGGCACCGCAGGCACAAGAUGUCUGACUAUCCCGACGACGACUGUGUGCGAUACUUUGUUUUGGGCACACUGGCUGCAGUGUUCGCUCUGUUUGUCAACUUAGUGUAUCCUAUUCUUUACAAAGUCAGCUGGAGAUAGGGUAGCAGCUGGUUGGGUACUGGCUCCUGCUGGAGUACAAGGAAGUAUGAGCAAGUAGAAGCCUGAGAGCAGCUAGGUUAAUGUUAAUGCUGAGGAGAACUGAGGAUUAACUAGUUAACACCCUCUAUUAACUCUAACGCUAUUAUAAUCGUUGUGUAUGUUUAACUUCUGAUGGUUUAAAGUUUAUAAUAAGACACUAAAGGUCUAAUGUAGAACUUUGAGACAACAAAAUGCACUAACGAGGUGCUUAAGGAGUUAAUCACUACAUUGCCCUUUCGUUUUGUUUAGUAACUGAGACAAAAUGAGGUACAGGAAGAAACCAGCUCUAAAGUGGUCCCAUGUAGUUACUGCUUUGAAGUCUUUCUUUGUUUUUGAUUUGCACUACGGUCCUAAAUAUAAAGUUAAAACUUCCUGCAGCAUAAAUGCAUGUAAGACAGAUAAAAGUGUGUGUGUGUGUGUGUUUAAGAUUCAGGUUAACACACAUUCAGGUGGGCUUUUAUGUCUUUAAAGAUAAAGUGUUUGCCUUAAUACCGCUGCCCGGCCACCGCGAUGUCUGACUGGUCCUUGUUUUCAACGUUUGCUGUCAUUUUGUAUUGUAUGUAUUUAUGUGUUGUUUUUUAUGAUUUAACUAUCAGUCAUAGGAGGUUUUGGUUGUUUUUACUUAAAGUUUCAAGCCAUAAUAGAGUGGGGUACAUUUUUCAAAUUCUCAGGAUGAAUUGGUUAUUUUUAACCUGUUCAGUUAAAAUACCCAAGAUACAGUAUACACACAACUUACAAAGUAUCAAAUCAUUAUCUCGUUGAAAUACUCAUCUGGAUUGUUGUUUACUGUCCUUUUUUUAUUUUCUGCUCUUCCCCUCUACCUUUUCGUGAUUCUCCUUAACUGCAGUCAUUGUGUUUUUCUGCGUCUCAGGGAAAUGCCAGUUCUCUGCUAGUGCAAUGCAUCGACAUGUUUGCCUUAAAUGCUUGUCAUAGUUCAGUGCACCGCCGCUCUGUGAACAUGUCAUGUCAAAUAUAUGCAACGCUAAGGUCGAACUAGUUUUUAGAUUCUUUACAAUCCACAGCUUGUGGUCAGCAGGAUACACUACAGUGGUUAUGAACGUAGAAAAUGUUAAAUAUGCUUGUGUCAGCAGCAGAGAAGAGGCAUCAACAAAUAUCAAAGUUUUUUAAGGAACAUUUUAAUCCUUGUUGGGUUUUCUUUCGUUUGAGUGAGUGGGAUUUAGAAAUGACUGAAUGACAGAGCUCUGUCCAUGUGCAGCCUGCUAAGAAAUGCUAGUAGUAAUCAUUCUACAAGAAGGUGUUUAUGGUAUGCAUUGUGUAUAGAUUGCAAAUACUGUAUUUAAAUAUAAAUUAUAUUGUAAUUCUAAUAAGCAAUAAUUUAUCUGAAUACCUCCAUUUAAAUGCUGCUUCCUGAAAUAUAAAGCAUUUUACUCCAUUUUGCAAAUAAAUUUUUCAUCUGUUUAUAGUCA